ACGUGGCUGGCCACAAGGUGGGAGCCUGCGGCGCAGACGGACUUGGAGGAGCUUCGGCCGCCCGCCGUGGGGGUGAUCCAGAGGAUGACGCCGCUCGGGUGGCUGAUAUUCCUAGCCCCCUGGGGAGUAGCAGGGGCUGAACUAGGGAGGUUCUGGCACAUCUCCGACCUGCAUCUGGACCCCAACUACACCAUGUCCAAAGACCCCCUCCAGGUGUGCCCGUCAGCCGGAUCCCAGCCUGUGCUAAACGCUGGCCCCUGGGGAGACUACCUCUGCGAUUCUCCUUGGGCCCUUAUCAACUCGUCCUUGUAUGCCAUGCAGGAGAUUGAACCAAAGCCAGACUUCAUUCUCUGGACAGGGGACGACACACCGCACGUCCCCAACGAGAGGCUAGGAGAGGCAGCUGUGCUGGCAAUUGUAGAACGCAUGACCAACCUCAUCAAGAAAGUCUUUCCAGGUCAUACUCCCGAGCCCCCAGGACCCACGAACAGAAUCACAUCACGAUGCUGA